AUGGAAAGCUCAUCUUGUCAAUCACAUUUUAAUUUCGUUGGUCAUCAAUAUCCGUCAAACCAAUGGUGGAUCCUAUCUCCCUAUUUUCCCUUAGGUCGCACUCUAAUCUUUUCAAUAAUGGACGUUGCUCUCAUUCUGCAAAUUGGCUUCCCUGGGGAGGAUAAAGCAAUACUCUCUAUAUUUUGGCCCCGCAGUGCAGUCUAUAUAAACUUGUUCAAAACAAUCAUAUCUCAUACCAUUAAUCUUCAAUUUCUCUUGCUUAAAAAAGAUGUGGUGGUUACUCCGAGCUUAUCAAUUCCUCUACCUUAUCUUGCUCUUCCUCUUUGCUCUCACGAUGAAGCUGUUAAACUGAUCCAAUUCAAGCACUCUUUUGCCAUUGAUAAAACUUCUUCUGCAGACUGUGACAAUUUUGGUAAUAAAUCUUAUCCUAAGACAGAUUCAUGGAAGGAAGAUACGGAUUGCUGCUCAUGGGAUGGAGUGACUUGUGAUAAUAUAAAAGGUCGAGUGAUUGGCCUUGACUUGAAUUGCAGUUGGCUAUAUGGCACCAUCCCUUCCAAUAGUAGUCUCUUCCAUCUCCCACACCUUCAGAAGCUCAACCUUGCCUUCAACGAUUUUAACUCUUCCAAGAUGUCAUCUAAGUUUGGUGGGUUUGCAAGUCUAAUGUAUCUCAACCUCUCUGGAUCAAACUUUGCAGGACAAGUCUCAUCCCAAGUCUCCCACUUGUCAAAAUUGCUUUCACUUGAUCUCUCUCGGAAUUAUGGUCAAACACUUCAGCAACAUGUUUUGGAAGGACUUGUUCACAACCUAACAGAGGUAAGAGAUCUUUUUCUUGAUGGAACCGACAUGUCUUCUAUUAAUCCUAAUGUCUUGAGAAACCUAUCCUCAUCUUUAAGGUCUCUUAGUCUUUAUAUGUGUGGUUUGGGAGGAAAAUUCCCCGAGAACGUUUUUCACCUGCCAAACCUCAAGUUGCUCAAUUUAGGAGACAACGGAAACCUCAGUCUCAAUCUUCCACAAUUCAAUCGGAGCAGCCAUCUCAAACUUUUGGAUCUAUCAGCUAUGUCCUUCUCUAGAGAAUUGUUUGAAUCGAUUGGCAAUUUAGUAUCUUUGGAGCGUUUGGAUGUAUCAAACGCAUUUUUCUCAGGAGGAGGAUUGCCCAAUUCAAUUGGGAACCUUAUUUCCUUGAAGGAUUUGGAACUCUCAAAUUGCAACUUGUCAGGAUCAAUUCCAAUAUCAUUGGGGAACCUCUCGCAACUCAGUUAUUUGUACUUGUCAAGGAACUUUUUUAGUGGAUCAAUUCCAUCGUCACUCACAAACCUAAAACAACUUGAAUUUUUCACCAUUUUUGAAAAUAUGCUCGAAGGUUCCAUUCCAGAUGAGGUAAAUGCUUUUCCUAAUCUAAUCUCGCUAGGCCUGAGUUCAAACUUACUCGGUGGAACGCUUCCAUCAUGGUUGUACUCCAUUUCCUCCUUAAAGUACAUAUAUCUCUCUCAUAACCAAUUCAGUGGUCAUAUCAAAGAAUUCCAAUACAACUCGCUGGAAGUGAUAAUGUUAGAUAAUAAUAAACUCCAAGGUCCUAUUCCAUCUUCAUUAUCCCAACUCGUGAACCUUGCUGAUCUCUCUUUAUCAUCAAAUAAUCUAAGUGGUAUUGUAGAGUUUAGCAUGUUCUCCAAACUUCAAAAUCUUGGGGUGCUUGAUCUUUCUUCGAGCCAUCUAUCCUUAAACUCUAAUGGCACUAGUGCUGUUUAUACAUUGCCUAAUCUUCGAUAUUUGUCUUUGCCUUCUUGCAAUGUCAGCAAAUUCCCUCAAUUCUUAAGAGGCUCAAAAAGUUUGCUAUAUUUAGACCUUUCCAAUAAUAGCUUGAGCGGAAAGGUCUCAUCUCUAAUUUGCAAUAUGACUUCUCUUAGAUUUCUUGACUUGUCUCACAACAAUUUGAGUGGAAUCAUUCCCAAAUGUUUGGGAAAUUUAAGCGAAAGCCUUCGGAUGUUGAAUCUACAGAUGAACAAAUUUCAUGGAAUCAUUCCUCCAACUUUUACAAAGGGAUGUCAAUUGAAAAAUCUCAACUUAAAUGGCAAUCAAUUGGAAGGACCUUUAACACGAUCCAUCCUUAAUUGUAGAGGUCUGGAAGUGCUAGAUCUUGGUGACAACAGGAUCAAUGAUACAUUUCCUCAUUGGUUGGGAAGUCUUCCAGAGCUACAAGUUCUUGUAUUGCGAUCAAAUCAACUGCAAGGUUCUAUACAAGACAAUAGGUCCAAUCUUUCUUUUUCCAAAAUCCAAAUAUUUGACAUCUCAAGCAAUUCUUUUUCUGGAGUACUCCCUGUGAGAUAUCUAAAAAAUUUCAAAGCUAUGAUAAAUCUCACAGAAAAUGAAAGUGCAACGCGAUACAUGGGGGUGAAAGAUGGGACUGUUGGUACAUUCUAUAGCUAUUCCAUUGAAAUUGCAAUCAAAGGAGUCAAGAUGGAAGUGGUGAAAAUUUUCAUCAAGUUAACGAGCAUUGACCUUUCAAAUAAUAAGUUUCAAGGAGAGAUUCCGAAGGCUAUUGGAAAUCUUAACUCACUCAAAGGGCUUAACCUUUCUCGUAAUAAUCUUAGUGGAUGUAUCCCCACUUCAAUAGGGAAUUUGAUUAGUCUUGAAUGGCUGGACCUUUCUUCAAACAAGCUGGUUGGGACGAUUCCAGAAAAAUUGCUAGAUCUGACAUCUCUUUCUAUCUUUAAUGUUUCUGAAAAUCAUCUUCAAGGUCAGAUUCCUCAAGGCAAACAAUUCAACACUUUUGGAAAUGAUUCAUAUGAAGGAAACAGGGGAUUAUGUGGAUUUCCAGUCUCUAAAGGUUGCGGCAACAGUGAGCUACCACCUUCGAACUUGCUGGAAGAAGAUGGCUCAAAAUCGAACAUUGCUUUUGGUUGGAAAGCAGUGUUGACAGGUUAUGGAUGUGGAGUUGUCUUUGGAUUGGUAAUGGGAUAUUUUGUUUUUCAAACUGGUAAGCCAAAAUGGAUUGUGGCUUUGGUUGAAGACCGACAUCAUAUGAGGCGAAAAAGGUCAAAGAUUGGCAAUCGUAAUGGUGGAGGAAGAAGGACCUAG